AUGUCACAGAUUCUCAACAUUGACGACCUGAAGGAGGAAUACCUGUUGUGUGACGUGUGCGGGGACGAGUAUGACGACGAACGCAAGGACCCGCGGGUGCUGCCAUGCCUACACACGUUUUGCACGAGUUGUAUCGAGAGUAUGGUACGAGAUUGGACCAUCAUUUGUCCAACGUGUAGGAUCAAACACAAUGUUCCGGGUGACAGUGUUCGCAAUUUUCCAAAGGAGCACACUCGCCGCAGCCUCCGCGACUUUAUUCGCCUCAAGAGAAAGACGCACAACAUUCCAUGCCGCGACUGUCCAGACAACGGCACUGCCGUCUACUUCUGUAAGGACUGUCAGACGUUUAUGUGCGCAGAGUGUACGCAUGCUCACCUCCGGAACUUCCUCUCGCGUAACCACCAGAUUGCGAACUUCGAGCAACUCCGGAAGUAUGGUCUUGAGACAUUUCAGCGCGAGUUAACAUGCGCGGUUCCGGGUCACGAGGGUCAACCAUUGGCGUAUUAUUGUUCAGCAAAGGUUUGCUCGAAAGCUCUUUGCAAGAUGUGUACAGUUCUUGAUCACGAUGAGACGAAGGGUCAUGUAAUAAAGAAAAUAAACGAAGUUUACGACGAGGAGCGGCAGAGCGUAAACGAGUUAACUAAAAAGCUCGAGGACAAGAUCGCAUUUGCCAAGAACGUUAUGAAGGAGACGGAAGACGAAUUCACGAGUCUGACCACCAAGGAGGACGUGAUGAAGAAGGAAAUCGACAUUGAAAUGGACGCAGGCACAAAAAUGUUAGAAAUUCGCCGCCGCGAGUUAAAGGAUAACCUCAGUGGACGGAUCAAGGAGAAAAAGUCCGUGCUGCAGAAGCAGCGAGACUACCUGCGCUACUACAUCUCUCUCAUGUCGAGCGCACGAGAGUUCUCCUCUCACAGCCUCGUGCACAGCAUGCCAGCCGAGUUCAUACAGCUAACCAACACCAUCACCACACGCCUGAACGAGCUCAAGGACCAGCAUCUGGACGCUUGCCCCUUGGAAAACUCCUAUGUUACUUUUGACCGUAAUGCUAUGGGGCCGGAAUUCAAGAACUUUGUACUCGGGAUGGGCCAGAUCCGCUCGACGGCAAUCUACCCACCGAAGACUUCCGUGGAGACGCUGGAGGCGCCACUGGGCCAGGAGUCGGAGGUUAUCCGAGUCUUCCUCUAUGACGCCAAAGGAAGACCACAGAGGGACAGCUUUGAUGCGAUCUCGGUUGAAAUCAAAGACGGAAAGGGCAACAUUGUUUCAUCAAAGGUCAUCGACGCGAAAACAGUGGACGGUUGUUAUCGGGUAAUCUGCAAACCGACCACGCACGGCAGCCACAAGGCCAAGAUCCGUGUCCUCAAUCGCCCCGUGAACGAGGAAGGCUUUCAGUUCGUGGUUCGAGCGCCGGGGGAAAUCGACAAAAGAUUUGGUGAUAUUCUUUGCAUCGGCUUCCUGUUCGACGCCGAGACUGCCCACCACGAACGCGCCAUAUCUCUGGACGGCCGCAACAUGCGAUCCGAUAUCGAGACGCUACGCCGCGUAGCAGGGCUGCGACUGAGGCGCGACCGCGGCAUAGCCAGGGACAAACGCCGCUUGUUUCCAUGGGAACUGGAGUCGGCGAAGAAGCUGAAGCAGCGCGAGCGAGACAUGGACGACGAUGCCCGGACAAGCAUGAUUCAGAAGUCGGUCAAGAUGGAUUCACGUUUCUCGAAGAACAAAACUGAGGAUAUCGACGAACUAGAUAGUGAGAGGUUCGGCGACCGCAGCAGAGCGAAUACGGACCCCGAGCACUUUACCGAGCAUGAAGAUGAUCCGCGGGCGAGCCUGUCGCGACCAACCCUGAUGCCGGAGAAGUCAAUCUGGUCCAAGAAGCUCAAGAAGUACUCCGGUGUAAUUGGCACUAAGUUCCUGCGCGGUCCAGGAAAGUUUUACUGGGAGGUGCAAGUGUUCUACCGUAUCCAUGUGACGCUGUUGAGGAACGCACUGCUGUUCGAAAUCGGUAUCUCGCGCCUUGACGCAGUGCAUAGCAGCUUCUACGUGGGAAGCCAGACGUUCGCUUGGUCCUUUUCUGCCGAGCGCUGCAAUGACCACAAACAGGUUUGCCACAAGUUUCGCCACAAGAGGAUGUUGUUACAUCACAGCCCGAUCACGAGCGACACCGCUGGCUCAACCCAUCAUGCCACUUACGGCUUCCUAUUGGACACCGUAAAGAGGGAAUGGACUGUGAUUGAUGUUAGUCUGAGAAAGAUGCUAUACUGCUUUCCCAACAUCGAUACAACUGAGCCCCUAUGGCCAGUGUUUGGUACUUACAACCCAUACUCUGUGCACGUGGAACUCACACUGAAAACUGGACGCGACAUCAUGGCCAUCCCAGAUAUACUCAGACCGGGAAGUGGAAAUAAAAGCAAGCCAGGUCCCGCUACCUCCAAAAAAAAGAAGCUGCCGUUUGACGUCACUAAAUCAACUUAAGACAACAAAAAUGCUAAACUACGUCGUAAAAUUUAAAACACAUAAUAAAUCGACUCAAUGAUUUUGUUACGACAUAUUUUAAUAAUGUUGUAUAUUUUUCAAACAUGUGACAAUUUUUACUCAUAUUUAUGUAGACUUUCUUUAUACUGUGUGCGUUUGAAGUGGUAUUUUAUUUUUCUUACGGAUUGAAGAGGGCUUUUAUUAUGAAAAUCUAUGUAACACAAAUGCAUUUGUUUGUUUAUUAGCUUAUUUGAGAACAAAGUGUUUUGCGUGAGCUUUUGUUGUCCAAACUUUCUUAUGGAAUAUCUAUAUAUCGCAGAUACAAUUUGGAGGACCGGAUUGGAAUACUAUGUUUGCCAUCGGUAUAGAUAACUUUGGAUUUUAUAAGUAAAGCAUUGUCUCGUGUUAUUUUGUCAAAACUGAAAUACUGACGAUCUUCUGAUUGGUUUGACACUUCAAUAAUGUCAUCUUCGUUGCAAAUGAGUUGAGCUGCAUAACUUGUCAAAGAUUUUGAUUAUUUAAAGUGAAUUAUUUAAUUAGCUAUAGUACCGUAUCCAUUCAAUCAGGACGGGGAUACAGGGUGCGUAUAGGCAUCUUUGAUGGGCAACGUACUUUAUUUGGGUUUGCAUUAAAUAUUUAACAAUAACAUGGCCAUGUUUAACACGUGUUUAUAAAUUAGACAAACAAUGAAAUUCAUAUACGUUCAUUUUAGUAUGUUUUGUAUUCCCUCAUGCAUGAUGAUAAUUUUUAAUUCUUGUAUAAUUAUAUUUGUUGCAAUUUAAGUUUUAGUGUUGUGAUAAACGAUGUUGUGUAAUAUGGUGAACCGUGUGAUGUUAAGUGUGCCAUUACA